AUCUAUUAAUUAGUAGAAAUUAACAUAAAUGUUAAUUUGUUUUUAAUUAUUCGAUAAUAAACUAUGUUUUUAUUUGAUUUAUUUUGUGUAACAUUUCUCUUUCGAUCCUUCAAUAAGAUCAAAUGUUUCGCGUAAACGUAAAGAAUGUCACGUUCGGCGUAUUGGUUGAGCCAUUUUUUCGUCUGCUGGAUCGCUUCCAUUCGAACUUAGGACGCUUGGGUACGAGAUAGCGUUCUUGUUCCUGGCAAUCGCUCGAUCUUUCGGCUGCGAUUGGUAGCUUGUCUUUUGUUUACGUUUCUCGCGCGUCUACUCGGCUGCUUUUGCGCGGUAAAUUUGUGAUUUAAGGACGCAGAUUUUGUCGGAGAUAUGUACAACGGGCACGAGUACUUGUCGUGUAUUAAAAUCCCCGCUACAAAACAAGUCACGAUGAAAAAUACGGACAGGCCCGAGAAGGUGGAACCGAUGGAUUUAGUAGCGGAUUAUCGUGAUUUAAUCUCGACGGCCAAUAAGGUUUUCGGCGAGGGCAAGUGGAAUCAUACUGUCGUCAACCAAUCCUUAGGAAGAUAUAUGGAAGGGGGUGGGGUGCAAAAAAUCUCUACAGAACAUUGUGCGACGUUUCAAAUAUAUGCCAGCAAUUAUGUCGAGGUCGUUGGUGCCAAAUGCCAUGUUGGCUGUGUCACUCACGUUAAGGUCCAGCUUGAGACGGGAAACUUUCACCAAGACAUUGGUUAUUAUUACGCAGAGGAAUCUACGAAAGGCUUGUCAGUACACAAUGCCAGGAUUGGUUCUGCUAUAAAUGCCUUAAAAAGAGUUCUUUUAUCAUUUGGAAACAAAAUUGAUAAAGAGUUGCAACAGUUGGAAAAACAGAUUAGUUCUGAACAAGUUAAUGGAGUACGAACAAGUGUGACACGACCAUUGGAUAAGCAGAUUCCAGAAAAAUCUAUUUCAAAUAAAGUGUCUACAAAUGAGAAACAAGCUAAUAACAUACAAAGAAAUUUAUCAGGAUCAUUGGAUAAGCAGAUUCCUGAAAAAUCUUCAAAUUCUAUUCAAUUACCUUCAAAAAAAGAGCAAGAGAAUGACAUACAAAAAGGUGUGAUACAAUUAGCGGAUGAGCCGAUUUCAGAAAAAUCAAAUUUAUCUUAUCUUUUAGCAAGUCCUUUUUCAUUGGAUAACAAAGUAAUAGUGCAAUCAAUUAAAGUAGGUCCUAAGGAUAAUAACCUACAAAGAACUGUAACACGAUCAUUGGAUAAGCAAAUUUCAGAAAAAUCUAUUUCAAACAAAGUGCCUUCAGAUGAGGAACAAGCUAACAACGUACAAAGAAAUGUAUCACGAUCAUCGGAUAAGCAGAUUCCAGAAAAAUUUUCAAAUUGUCAAUUAAUUUCAAAUAAAGAGCAAGAGAACAACAUACAAAAAGGUGUGAUGCAAUCAGCAGAUGACCAGAUUUCAAAAAAGUCAAAUUUAUUACUUCUUCAACGUGUUGAACCAUUAUUUUUAAAAGAUGCUUCUUCUUCUUUCAAUAAAUUUAUGUUGCAAAUAAUUAAAGUAGGUUCUCCUAAAGAUUCUACUGCCACUAUGAAUAUUAAAACAGCUAGGCUCAAAUUAACACCAUGUGAUAAGAUUGUUGAGGCCUCCCCAAAUAAAGAAACAAAUUCUCCAACUAAACAGAAGUCAAAUCAAGCAUUAUCCGCUCAAGAAAUGCAACGAUUAGAGAGGAAAAGGAAACAGAAGGAAAAACAAAUGGAAUUUAAAAGACGUAUGAUGGAAAAAGAAGGUUUAAAAAAAGAGUCUAUCGAUGAUAACAAGAAACCUAAUCCUAAAUAUUAAGAUAAAAAAAGAAGGUUUAAAAAAGGAGUCUAUCGAUGAUGAUAAGAAACCUAAUCCUGAAUAUUAAGAUAAAAAUUGUACAAAUAUAGUUUAUUUCACAUCAUGUAGAAUUUUUUUCUUUAGAGAAGGUAUGUUUACCGGUUGUAGUGUGUAUAUCUUCAACUUUACCUUCAUGUUAUCUAGCACAAGAAAUAUUAAUUUUAAUUUAAGAUUAGCAUAUUUUAUAAUUUUGCAGAUUUAUCUAUUUUUUUAUAUCAAGCAAAUGUAAACAUUACAAUGUAUAAAUAUAUAAAAAUAAAAAUAUA